CGUUGGCACGCGGCUAUUUGAAGCGAGGUACGGGAGCCGCGCAAGCACGUGCAGCCGCGUGUUGGCUGGGUGGUCCUCGGUGGUCCGUGUUUCGGUCCUGGACCCUAUCUGCCAAGCCCUGAAAUGCUGCCGUUCGCAAUUGUCAUUUGGCUGUCCUUGUUUAUGUUUUCUGAGGAAGUUUAUGGUCAGCAGACCCAAGAGGAGCUACCAUUUGAUGACCUCAUGGCUGCAAUCUGUCGGAAGUAUGACAACGCUGCAGAUCGAAAGGAAGCCAUUGCUUGCGUAGGUGACCGCAUGGAAAUAGAGUUGGAGGUUAUAGUUGCAGACUGCAUGAGCCGACAAUUCAGAAUGAAAAAUAUGGGCGACCGGGCAUUUGACAUGCUCUGCCAAGACGACAGCAGGAAAAUGGACCGCGUCUACGACUGCGUCGACGACCAGGCCGACAGCCAGGGCGGCCGCGACUGGACAGUCGACGAGGUGGCCAAGUUCGCCCAGAUGUGCUGAAUUCGUGCCGUGGGCCCAAAUAAAUAACUCUGGGAGUCACAAAAAAAA